UCAGUAAGUUAACACUCAUAUUCACUUUUGAUUUCAGACUGCGAUCGUUACUGCAUGGCUAUUCAUUGAUAUUGCAUCAUUCUGAUCACGACAAAAAGACAGCAACUCCUCACAGUCAGUCCAUCAAGUGAUUUUGGAAAGUCAUUUGUAAGGUAAAGACCUAAAAAAUAGAGCCUGAUAAAUGAACACCAAUAAACAGCCUAGGCCUAAUCAUGAAGAUGUAUGCAAAUUACAGGCAGUAAUGAAUAGGCUUAUUCUGAACAUUUAAAGGUAGGCUAGUCUGCACUGACUGCAAACUAAACAUAUUGUAUAGUUUUCCAGGAUUUCCAUAAUGGAUGAAUUUAGUGAGGGUCUGAAAGCAGAACUGAGCACCACCACAGCGGAUGAGCUGAGACAAUUUCUUGGCGGAAAGACCAAAAAGGCACAGGACAAGGAGCUCGCCAUGAGGGCUACUCUGGAGAACCUUGUACGGUUCCUUGCAGAGAUGGAGCAAUCCAGUAAGGCAGAGGUCGAGGAGUGGCAAAGAGAGAAAGCGAGGAUUGAGGCAGCUAUACAGGCCGACCUCCGCAAUAUGGAGGAGAAUAUUCGCUUGGACCAAAUAUUACUCGCACGUUUAGCGACAACGCUGGCUGAGAAGGCAGAUAUGGAGAGACAGAAACUCUCAAGCCUACCUCUGGCGAAAGAACACCAGAGGAUAGUCUCUCUCCUGGAGAAGAAGUUUGACUAUGAUUAUGAUAAAAUUAUGUUAAACGAUCCAGAGCGUGCUAAAAGAGAGUCAGAGAACUGGACCAGAUGGACCCAAGAGAGAGUGGACAGCACCUUAAAAAUGGCGUUGACUGCUGCUGCCAUCAAACAACAGUGGCUACAGCAGCUGAAAAGCCAGGCUGAAAAACGGAUGGUGAUAAAUAUCACUUUUACCUACACAUCCCACCUAUACUUUUAUACCCAACAUGGUGGCAAACUGAGAAAAUGCUUUGUCUGUUUUCCUCAGGUGUCUGUUCCUCAGGUGUCAGACGGACCUGCUCAAGAGGUCAACGACAUCCAAAUUAAGCUGAGCCUUGAUGAUGGCCUCCAGUCUCUGAGCUUCAGCAGCCAGAAAGCUGAACAGGUCGUUGUUCAAAACCAGAUGCUCCAGGCGAAGAUUGAUGCAAAGUUGGACAAAAAGAUGGCACGUCUUGUGGCUGAGGCCAUUAAAAAGGAGGAGAAGAUCAGGGCUGCAGAGCUGAAGAAGAGGAGGCAGAUGGAGGAAAAGACCAGGAAAAAGCUGGAGGAAAUACAGAAGGCCGAGCUGAAGGAAAAGAAAAGGAGGGAGGCUAAGGAGAAAAAAGAGGCCGAAAAAAUGGAGAGGAGGCGAGCAAAAGAGGAGAGGGGCGAGACCACACAGCCCAGAUUUUGUUUCUGCUUCAGGAAAUCUUCCCGAUCAAAAGACAAUUACCAAGAAGUCCGUAGCACUGAUAAUGAAUAAAUAAUAUUUUUCAGUC